GUGAUCUGUGAUUGGUCACAGCUUGUCACAUGGUACAAGGCUGUUGUGGAUAGCCUUGUACCAUGUGACCUCUGUGAUCAUUCACAGAUUUCACACGUAGUAAGCAAUGAUGUCAGAAGUGACAUCUUGCUUACUACUAUUCAUGUGAUCACUGAUUGGCCAAUCGGUGAUCACAUGAUCAGGACCUCGCACAGAGGGAGCGUGCACAGGCUAAAAUGGCGGGUGCCGUUUAUAAAUGGUAACCCCGCCCCUGCACUGCUCCCUUCCGGCCGUUUAUAUACAUGGGCUGGACGGGAAGUGGUUAAUGGAGAUAAGAUGCAUUCAAAA